AUGAAUAUUAAAGAAUUAACCUAAUUUAUCAAAGACUACGAUCUUAAGCUUACGCAAAAACUAGUAAAAUACUUGGUAAUAAUUGGAAUAUCAGCUAUGAAAAGUAAAACUUAGGAUAUAUCAAUUGAAACUAUAAAACUGAUUGCAAGUAUUUCAAAUUUUAUAUUAAGGUUCUUGUAAAUAACAAAAGCUAAAGAAAGAAAUGGCUUCUUUAAAAGAAAAAGUGAUUAAUAUUUAAUAGUCAAUAACUCCAAGAGUGGGAAAUUACAUUUUCUCUGAGGAUAAAUAAUUAAGAAUUUCAUAAAGUCCAUUGAUCCAAUCAUAAUAUUCACCAAUAUAAAAGAAAAAGGAACAGCCUCAUAAUAAGAAUAAAAAGGCUCUUUCCAUUUAGGAAUAAGAUAAUUUCAAUUUUUAAUCUUUAAAUUUGAAAAAUAAAAGCAAUCAACUUAAUAUUUAAAUUGAAUAAUAAAUUAAAUAAACACAAUCUUAAAAGAUUAGUUAAAAUAAUUACUAAUCAUCAAAGAAUAUAAAUUUAGAUUAGAUCGCUAAUAAUUUUCUGAACUCUCCAUUAAUCCAAUAUCCUUUGACAGUUAGAAACUAAUCAUAAUAAAAUGAACUCUAAUGUAUAAAUGUUAAUAUUUGUAGAUUUUUUUUAGAAUACAUGGAAAUAAUUUUGA